AUGGACUCCGCUGACGAGUCAGCGGCUGGAGCGGUCGGUGCAGCGGCGCCGGAGUGGUCCUUGCUGCUCGAAGAAGAGGAAAACUUGCGCGUGUUUUUCACGGCCAUCAGGGGCGAGCGCCAGGCCAGCGACAUGACAGGGGCCCUCCUCUCAGAGCUCGCCACGGACACCCGCAAGCUCCUGCGAAGCGAAACAGACGACGAGACGUACAGAGAGAACUCGCAGAUCCUGAAGACCGUCUUUCUGAGGACGCUCGAGCACACGAUGCGCCAGGAAGCCGGCGAGGCGGUCACCCCCGAGGCCCUCAAGCGCUGCCGAGCGCGGCUCGGGACGCGCCUCUUCCGGAAAGCCGUGUGCGCGGCCGCCGCAACGCUCAUCUGGGGCAUUCCGUCCACCAAGGACCCGCUCGGCCGCUUCCGUGUCGUAUCCACGGUGCUCUGGGGCGACGCCAACGCGCACGUGGACUGCAAGCUCGACUCCCUGGACGACCACGCCCUCAUCGUGCACGAGGCCGCGGCCGUCGUCGACGACGCAGCGCAAGCGGACCUGCUGUGCCUCCCUGCCCUGGCCGGCCACGUCGACCGCGGCCGCGCGCACCUCCGCGCCGUCCAGGAGGCGGUGCUGCUGGAGCCGCUGUGGCGCAACGGGUCGGAGCUGUACGCGGUCGUCAGCGACGGGAGCCUGGCCGCGAUGUACCACGACAACGCAACGCUGGCGGCGGACGCGGUGCGCAGGGCGAUGAUGGGCGCCCGGGAGCUGCUCAAGGAGGUGGCGCUGCGCAUCGCGAGCCGCUCGCUCGACAUGCUCAUGCCCGCGAAGACGUUCGAGCUGUACGCAAGCGUCCUGCUGCGGCUGAUCGUCACGCUCGUCAACUGCCACGUGGAGGUCCUCUACGGGCAGCACCUGGUGACGAUCGCGGCGUGCUGUGUCUACGCCGCGAGCCGCGUGCUGCAGACCACGCACCCCGUCGCGACCGUCACGCUCAAGGAGGUCAUCGCCGCGGGCGUCGCGACCGUGCCGGCGUGGAGCAAGGUCGCCUUCGGGAAGGUGGAGGUGAUGCUGCGUGUUGUACCCAGUGCUCAGGGGGGGGAGUAUAUCGAGCAGACCUACGGGGGUAUCCGCACCAUGUACGACAAGCGCUUCCUCGAUUUCAUGCGCGAGACGUUGCUCGAGAUGCGGCGGGAGCUCCAGGGCGAGCACGGCGUGGCUGACAGCGGGGACGAGUCACCGCCUGCCGCGGCGGGGGAGCGGGGCGGCGGGGCGCAGGAGGUCGGCACGCCGGCGGCGGGGAUCGGCGGACGGCCGCACGUGAAGCCGGCGUCGCCGGAGGACGACUGGAUCCUGCGGCUGGCGCAGGAGGGUGUGUGGCGGGCGCAGCAGCGCACACCAGCAGGUAAGGCGCGGCCGGGGGCGGACAAGGUGGCGGGGGGCUCCGGGGGGAAGGCGCGGUCGCCGCUGGGGAACGCGGAGAAUAUCGCGUGA